UAGGGAAUGCUCCGAGAGUCGAAUGGCAUCUUCUCGGUCGUAACGUCAGGUAGCCGAGCAAGCGCGGCUGUCGAUCUCUAGAAACCCCCCCUCCCCUCUUGUUUCCUAGGCAACGAGCAGUAAAUCUCGCUGAGCAGACUUUCCUGGGGCCGAUGACACGCAUUCUGGAGUGGCGAGGUGAUUGGAUGAGAUAGAACUAAUACUGAAGCAAGCAGCAACAUCAGAUAAUCCAGUGCUCUUUCUUCAGCAUUAUGCCAGGCAGUAUACACCAACAUGUGUCCCAAGUAAGGACUCUGUACAAAAAGAUCCUUCAGCUUCACCGUUUGUUGCCACUGGAACUGAAAGCCUUGGGAGAUCAAUAUGUGAAAGAUGAAUUCAGGCGACACAAAUCCAUCAGUCUUCAGGAGGCCCAGCACUUCCUACAGGAAUGGGAGAACUACAAAAUGAUGCUGCAGCAGCAGGCUAAUCAACAUGUGCAAAACACCAUUGAUCAGCCUGAUUUUGGAGCACAUCUCUCAGAGGAGAAAUUUAAUGCCCUUCGAGAUGAGCAAGUUGGACAGCUACAUGAACUAAUGCAAGAGGCCACCAAAACCAAGAGACAGUUCAGUAUUUUAGAUGAUGGAGACUGCAAACAUUAACAGGUUUUGUGAAUUUCACUUGAUGGAGUUUCUUUUUUGUGUAUUUUUUUUUUCAAAAUAGUUUUAUUCUAAAGAAUUAAGGAAGAUGGUAACGAUACACAUAAUGAAUGAUCAGAAGCAACUACUGUCAUCUAUAUAUUAUGUACUUCUACUAAGUGUGGAGAAUAGUUUAAUAUUUUGGAGCAUUUCAGCUGUGUUAAAUUUAUCAUAUGCAGGAAACAAUUAAAAUGGCUUUGUACCAAGAAUAUAUUUUGUGGAUAGUCAGAAUAUCAGGGGGGGUAAAAACUUUGAAUUGCAUAAUGAUUGAAAUUCAAAAUUUAAUAGUCUUUUUGUUUUUUAAAAAUAGAAUGCAGCUAUAUGUAUUUAACAUAAUUUAUUGUUUCAUUCAAAUGUCUUCAAGAUCAUAUCAAAUUCUGCUUUGCACUUACUUUCAAAUACCAAAAGCUGCCUUCUUUUGCCCAAUAUGUUUUCUUGCAAA